CCGGAAAUGCUUGGUGAGUCUUCAGGAGUAGGACUGCGGAAGCUGGCUGGGGUGAAGACUGGGGAGUAUCCACAUUUCCAAUUCUGGCCUGAUAGAGUUUUGAUUCAUCAUGGAUAAUCUGUCAUCAGAAGAAAUUCAGCUGAGAGCACACCAGGUUACUGAUGAGUCUCUGGAAAGUACAAGAAGAAUCCUGGGUUUAGCCAUUGAGUCUCAGGAUGCAGGAAUCAAGACCAUCACUAUGCUGGAUGAACAAGGGGAACAACUAAAUCGCAUAGAAGAAGGCAUGGACCAAAUAAAUAAAGACAUGAGAGAGGCGGAGAAGACUUUAACGGAACUCAACAAGUGCUGUGGUCUUUGUGUCUGCCCAUGUAACAGGUGAGUUGAUAAAUCAAGACUUUUAAAGAUAGAUUAAUAAGUGAAUGAGAGGAGCCCUGGCCCACAUCACCUCUUCCCCCAAAUAAAGUCAGAUAUAUGACUGAUCUUAAAUGAGGAACUUUCUUAAAUAAACUUAAGUUAUUUCUUUUUAAGGCAGAUCAAGCUUUUCAUGAAAAUAGGAUGUGUUCGCCGAAAAUCAUGGCUUAAAUUUUACCAA